GACCUUCAAGCCAAUGGUGGGAAGGUUUUUUUUUUUUAACCGAUUAGUGCUCAAGUGCUGUAGUGUAGAGCAACCCAGUACUGUAGUGCUCUCUUGAUUGCCAUGGCCUGUAGAAGGAAGGCCUAUCGACCUGCAAGGCCUAUCAAGAUUCUCCAGUGAGCCUAGGGCAGGGCUGUUGUGUGCGCAUUGUCACCCAUCCACAUAUUGGCCCGAACUCAACUGUGCUUAACCUAGCACCACCACUGGAGGAUGUACCACAGGUUUUGGAGAAAGUAGAAAAUGCCGAGCAGAUGAAGCGAGCUUUUACAGAGAAUGGGGGCGUUAUAAAACCUGUGGCUCCAGAGAAUAAACUUUCUUCUAAUCCCCAAAAUUCAACUCGGAAAUCUUCAUCAAAUUUUUGUGGAAUGAAGAAAGGCUUUUUAUUUGGAGGUAACACAAAGGAAAAGAAAAGUGGGGGUGGCAGAUCACAGACAAGUAAUAGAUCAUUAGGAAGAGACAAGCAAGCUGCUGAAGAUCUUCCCCUGAUAACUGCCCGUCCAGAAAAUUCAAGUCUUGUUAUUAAACAAGUUCAAGAAGCCAUGAAUGCUAAUAAUGCUAUGGAGUUUCAAGAUAAGUUAGGACAGAGACUGGAAGCAAACCCAAAUGUACGAGAUGUGAUAUCUGAUCCAGCAUGGAUACCAAUACUUGAUGAAUUUCAACGAGAUCCCUUGGCAGCGAUGAAAAAAUACAAGGACAACAAAGAGGUUACAAGUACUUUGAAGGAACUGUGCAAUGUUUUGGGUGAUACAUUCCUACAUAUGAAUAGUAGUAUAAAAAGUGAAGAGGAGUUGAUAUCUAGCGAGUUACUGAAAAAUCCUCACGUAGAGGAGGCACUGUCAGACCCCUUGGUGCAGCAGAUGAUGACCUAUAUGAAAGAGGGAGCAAAUGAUAAAGUUCACAGAUGCUUCCAGACAGCAAAUCAAAUCCAAAAGAAAAAUAUUCAGACUUUGAUAGAUGUUGGCUUGUUUGCAUUUUCAAUGUAACAUGGGUAAAAUUGUAUAAAUAAAAAUAAGUGUAGUACUGUAUAGUGCAAUCUAAAAAAGUUGGAAUUACUGUACAUCCUUCCAGACAAAUAAAUACUUUGUAUGAUUUUAAGAAAUUUGCUAGUGUAAUUAUUGUUUACAGAAAAUGAACACACACACAUACUUGUGCACAUUUACACAAAAUGCAGCACAUGUACAGGUAUAAAUAUGUUUAUAAUAUUAACAAUAUAAUGUAAAAUAGAUAAUUUACUCGCCAUUUUGUUGAGCAAUCCCUUUAUUAUCUAUUGCCAACAAAAUUUGAUAAGCAUUUUAUGCAGUAAAGUAAAAGUAUAGUUCAUUACUGUAUAAUAUAACAAAAAAUUUCACUGUAAUGAAGAGUUUUAAAAUAUAGUACAUCAAAACAAUUGUUUCAACAUCCUGGGAUGUUCAUCCAGACGUCUGGCCAUCAGAAUACGAGUUUGGGUUCUGCAACUGAAAUCGUUUGGCAUAGAUAAGGUAAUAUAUCACCCGAUAACAGUACCUGGAUUAAACUUGGAUGAUUUUCUGGCAGUUCUUCUACUUCCCUGCCUGGCCCAGGGCCAGGCUUGAUUUGAGAAAGCAAGCAACAGCCUGUUGGACCAAGGAGCAACCCGCAGGCCUACACAUCCAUCAAAGCCUGGCAGCUCAUGCAGAAAACACUCUAGUUUCCAGGUAUAAAAGUGAGUAACUGCAUUGUAUACCAACGAUUAAACUAGGAAAAGCUCACUAGAAAAUAUAGACGUAACAGACCAAGCGACUGCUUGCAGUAAAUUAGACACCAAUUAAACAAGGCAAGUGCCAUGAUACACCAGAUUGCCUUCAGAUUGCAACAUAGGUGAUCUCUGCUAGUCUACCUCCCCUCGAGUAGCCAGUGCAACACAAGUAGCCCUUGGCUGUGCCCAUCAUCAGCUUCUAGCUUUUAGUUAAGUGGUGUUGGUUUCCCCUGGAACAUUAGCUCUGUCAAGGGCCAUUGUUUUGUUUGUUUUUAUUUAAACUUCAUGCUAAUGAUUAUGCCACCUACAUUGCAUGUGCCCUAAAAUUCCAUAUCCGACAGUGGGUUUUCUCACCCACUGAGGUUGGCUGGCAUUUUCCUAUAACCCAUCAGAGGUACCUCCUCCACGAGCUAAUUCUUCUAGUCACGUAGCGUCCAUGCUGUGCAGAAGAUUCAUUCAUUGUGGAACUGUGCUUUUG